AUGGUCAUUAUUGGAGUAACUGCUAUUAACGGACGAAAUCUACAAAAACAAAUCAGUAUUUUAGCUCAAAACUCUCCAAUUCAUCCAAGAAAUUCUUCAUAUGUCAAUUUAACUACUAAUGAUCAAUCAUCAUGCCCUAAAUGUCCUUCAAAUUUUGAAAAUUUGAUUCCAUUUGGAUUUGAUCUUCUAAAUCAUAAAAAUGCAGAUGAAUACAUUUUAUUGUUAGGAUCAGGAGGAUUGAUCGGAAAUGUUUUGCUCGAGCAAUUACAAAAACAAGGAUAUAAAGUACUUCAUAUCCUAUCAAGAAAUCAUAGAGAUCUCAGGAUUAAAGGGUCUUUAGAUAUAUUUAACGAUGUACAUAUUAAAUUUGCAUUCUUCCUAUCUUUUGAAGUUGGAGGUGCAAAAUAUCUCCAAAGAGAAGACAAUCAAAACUAUAUCUAUAAAUCUAAUGAAAACAUGAUGAAUAACGUAUUCGAUUGGCUUAUUACCAAGAAAAUCAAAUUUGCAUUUGCAUCAAGCUCUUUAUCAGCUGAUAACAGCUCCUAUGGCUUAACAAAGCUACAUGGAGAGAAUAUAACACUUUCAUAUCCACAGUAUGGCCGCAUUUUCCGUCUUUGGAACGUUUAUGGUUUUGAAUUUCCUGGUUCCAAGACUCAUGUUGUUCCUGAUUUCAUAUAUCAGUGUAUUAGUAAUAAAGUUGUUAAACCGCUAACGGAUGGAACAGAAAUUAGACAGUUUUUGCAUGUAAAUGACGUUGGCCAGAAUUUAAUAAAAUUAAUGGAGCAUUUUGAUGAAGCAGAGAUGAUUACAGACAUGUCUGAUGGUUCAUGGAUUUCAAUUCGUAACAUUACUUCCGUAAUUACGCAAGUAAUUCCUGAUUGUAAAUUUGAUUUUCCUCAAAGAAGAGCGAAGUCACAAAUAAGACAUAAUCCAAAUAUGAAUUCAUCAUGGCAUAAUAAAUACUGGAAACAGAAUAUAGAUUUGAAAACAGGAAUUCAAGAAGUUUAUCAGAGAAUAAAAGAAUUCCAAGACCAGCAGAAAAACGAGAUCCAAUUGAGUAUCGGCAUAAUUCAGUCCAAAAAUGAUUCUUCUAAUGUAAAUCAAAUUAUUUCCAAAUUUAAUUCAUUGAAUUCGAAGUUUUCAAUGAAUAUGAGCAUCAAUGUUAUUAGUAAUGUAUCAGACAAGAAUAAUUUUACUUCAAUUGAUUCAUUUUUAUCCUUUUCAAAAGGAAAAUCAAUACUUUUAAUUAAUGAUAAUGUAAUUCCUGAUGAACACCAUAUGGAAUUCUUUCAAAGAGGAAUACUCCAAGAAAAUAUCCUUUAUAUUGCUAGUUCAACAAAAAUUAACAGUAAUAAAUCAAAUUACACAACUGCAUCAUAUUUUACAUAUGAUGGAUGCAACAAAGAUCAAAUAAACAAUAAGUCAAUUGAUUUCUUGGCAGCAAAACCAAACACAUUUGCAAAAUAUAAUAAUUUUACUCUCCAAAACAUUUUUGAUCAAUUGAAAUGUGGAGAUCAUAUAGUACAACUAGAGUAUCCAGUAUAUCAACUGGAUUAA